GCAGGUGCCAGUGUGUGCUGCCAGCUUACUGGUGCUGCAGGCUGGUUGUUGUUGCUGUUUAACCCGCUUUCCUGCAGCUGUCUCUCUGAAGCAUCUCCUGCGUUCAGCUCCGGUGAUCAACCGGGGGAAUAAACAGCUGAGAUGAAAUAAUCUGCUGGAGAGAGAAGGUAAACAAGCAGAUGGAUCCACUUAUUUUCUUUCUUUUUGCCACGUGCACGCAAUAGGUAAAGCACGCGCUCACGAGCAGCGCCACACGUUAUAGAUAACCGCAGACUCGAGCGCCCUCUGCUGGGCUUUUUGUUUUUCUAAACCUGCUAAAGUCACAUUGGAUGGAUAAAUCAGUGUGUUUGGUUUUGGAAUACACCGCGGCAUUUUGAUUACUCUGCAUCAUUUAUAUUUAUAUUUCUUUAUCAAAUAUUCAUUUCCGUCUUUCUUUCUUUUAAUCAAUUUUACAACAUAAUUCGUUAAUCAUUUGAGAACAUGAAUCUGAUAAACUAGUGAACUACUGCAGGUUUACGCACAACAGCUGGCCUCUGACCCAUCCGUCAUUAUUAUGUCCUGUUUUUUUAUUCAUUCAUUUAUUUAUUUUGCGCUCCUGUCCCGUCUUCGUUGGAACUGACAGACUGACGCACCAGUGGGAGUUCUGUCCACUCCCCCUCCCCUCCUCUCUCCUGCUUCACACACACAGCAGCGUGUGUCUACUCACUGAGCCGUGACGCUCUCACAGGGGGGCGGGGUCCCCAGCUCGCAUAAAUACCCUACUCCUGACCGCCGUUGAGACAGAACCGCAAACGGAAACCGCCAGUUUCUUUUCCGUUUUACGCACAAUCCAAGCCAUCGGGAAUAAACCAUGAUCAAGAAAAUGUCUCCAUCCGAGAGCGACUUUGACAUCCCCGCCAAGAACUGCUACAGGAUGGUGAUUUUGGGCUCCACCAAAGUUGGGAAAACGGCCAUCGUGUCCCGGUUCCUGAACGGCCGGUUCGAGGAGCAGUACACGCCGACCAUCGAGGACUUUCACAGGAAACUGUACAACAUCAAAGGGGACGUUUACCAACUGGACAUACUGGAUACGUCAGGGAAUCACCCUUUCCCCGCGAUGAGGAGACUCUCCAUACUGACAGGUGACGUGUUCAUUCUCGUCUUCAGCUUGGACAACCGCGAGUCUUUCCAGGAGGUGCAGCGGCUCAAGAAGCAGAUCUACGAGACCAAGUCGUGCCUGAAGAACAAGAUCAAGGAGAACAUCGACGUGCCUCUGGUGAUCUGCGGGAACAAGGGCGACCGGGAGUUCCACCGGCAGGUGCAGCAGGAGGAGAUCGAGCAGCUGGUGGCCGGCGACGACAAGUGCGCCUACUUCGAGAUCUCGGCCAAGCGCAACGAGAACGUGGACAAGAUGUUUCAGACGCUGUUUACCCUGGCGAAGCUACCUCACGAGAUGAGCCCCGACCUGCACCGGAAGGUGUCCGUGCAGUACUGCGACAUGCUGCACAGGAAGUCGCUCAAGCACAAGAAGAUGAAGGACAUCGGGGAGGCGUACGGCGUGGUGACUCCGUGCGCGCGGAGGCCGAGCGUCCACAGCGACCUCAUGUACAUUAAGGAGAAGGCCGUCGGAGGCGGCCACGGCAAGGACAAAGAGAGGUGCGUGAUAAGCUAAGGGGGAGAGAGCACGAGGCGCAAACUUGCGCAAACAAACGCACACACAAAAAAAACAAUCUUUUAAAAGAAGAAGGAGCCUGGCGCGUGCAGGGCGGCCGGCUGCCGCUCGGACGUAAAGCGGAGCUUUGAAGGCGCCGCCGAUGCCGUCGCUGAUGCUGCCGCGCGCGCGCGCGCGCUUAAACGCAGCACCGUUUCAAAAGGACACUGACCGGACAACCGAGUCUGCUUCUUCUUUUUUUUUUCAAAAGAAAAAAAAACAACCACUGCCAACAAGACGUAUGAGAAUGUUAGCUUGUUCUGUCAGUCAGAGCCUAAUCUGUGACGUGGCUUCAUACCUUGUGAGACUCGCGCGCGCCGAUGCGCAAGUUGUUGCUUUGUUGACGUUUCGCCUUUUGGACAGCUGCCAGAGACUCACACGGCUCAGGAGGAGAGAAGGCUGUUUACAUUUUACUGUAGGUUUUUAUAAAGGCUAAGUACACUUGAAUGUUUACUCUAUAUCUGGAUUAUUUUUAUUGUUGAAUGUAUUAUUUAUUGUUGGUGUUCAUUUCUUUUUCUUUUUGCAAUGAAGUCAAAGAAAAUUGAAAAAUCCAAUAAAAAUAAAACUACAUAAAAU